AUCGCAGCAGUUUGUCCUCAUCGCAGCAGUUUGUCUUCAUCGCAGCAGUUUGUCUUCAUCGCAGCAGUUUGGCUGCUGCAGCUGUGGGAGGUUUUUGUACGAGUUUUUUUCACUGUGAUGGGCUGGUUACCACACUGACUGAACAUCCACACUGAGCUGAACUAAAACCUCCCGUCUCCUCUAAACUGUCUGUUCACAGUCAGUAAACGUCCAGAAUCAACAAGUAAGCCAGAAAACACACCUGUGUCUCAGAUAAACACACAUCUGAGGCCGUCUGUGUUUGUUCCUCUGUGUUUAACUGCUGUGGGAGAGUCCAUGUGAAGUGGAUUUAACACUUCUGAGCUUCUCUGAGGACGAUUAGCAGCUCUGGGGUUUUUGUAUGAGGCUGAAUCACUGUGAUGCUUUAGUGUUUGGAAAAGCCAUCCGGCUCACCGUUCAUCCUCAAGAUCAGUCCCCCGUGGACCCGAUCCUGUUCAUCCUCAGUCCUCUGCAGCCUGAGGGGGUUCGAGCGGACGAGCCGACUGAUGAGGUUUGUCUGGCUGCUGGUUUCCGUCCGAAGGAAGGUAAAAUGGUUCUGAAUAUGAAGGACCGUCAGGUCAAUGUGAGCACCAGCAACGCCGUUCUGUCCAGGACUACGAAAAGCUACUUCUACGCCGGAUUCACCAGCGAGACCAUCUACUCCUGUGAGCUGCACAACACCAGGACCGACAACGACAACGUUCACCAUGAUGCAGUCGACCUGCCUGCCGAGCCCCGUCCAGUCGACCUGCCUGCCGAGCCCCGUCCAGUUCACCAUGAUGCUGUCGACCUGCCUGCCGAGCCCCGUCCAGAGGCAGCGAAGCUGAACUUCUUCCUGCUGGUGAUGAACGGAGUGAGAGUGAUCUUCAUCAAAACUCUGGCCUUCAACACCAUCCUCACCAUCAGAGCUGUGCUCCUCUAACACUGAGAUCAGGCCGGCUCCUCCUGCUCCUCCCCCUCCUCCUCCUCCUCCUGCUCCUCUUCCUCCUCCUUGACCGAUUGAUCGGGGGCGUGAGCUGUCGUUGUGUUCACGUGUCUUUCUGUAUGUUUGAUUCAGCCGCAGUCACAUGAUCAUAAACAUGAAGCUGCAGAAUUUCUCUUUUUAUUGAUCUCAUUUCUGGAUUCAGAUCACAUGUUUUUGGUCAUGUGAUCUCUUUGAUCUGCAUCUCUUUGUAUAAAUAUAAAGAAAGUUUAUUCUCAUUAUUGAUGAUCUUAAUGAAAUACGCUCUGAGUCCACACAGAGAGGAGUGAGAACACGAAGAAGAUCAGGAAAUAAACCAAAUAAACAAAAACCAACGAAGCUGAUGAGCUCAAACAGUAAAUAUAUUGACUUUGUGCUGUUUUCAGGGUCAGCAGGCGAUCACGUCCUGUUUUACUGAUGUUUUUAACAGCGUCACAGCUGUUCUGGAAUCAGGUUUGUGAAAGUGAAGCAUAAACAUUUAAUUUUGUUUUUUUGUCUUGAGUGAGAAGACAGACAUUAAGAAAAAUGUUCUCUGGAGACAGAAAAACUGAAGCACAAUGAAAAUAAAAAGAGAAAAUCAACAGUGUGACAUCUGAGAAAUGUGCUCUGAAUUCACAAAGACACUGAAGACAGGAGGUGAGAGGACAGAUGUGAUGUGUCAGUACUGAAGACACCGACAGUCCAGCACAGAGGACACCUGUUGCUGUCCUCAGGUGUUCGGUGCUUCGUUGAAUUGGGAGCGCUGUUUCUCUUCUCUUGUUUUGUCCUCGGGGACACCGUAGGAACGUGCCUUCGCUGUCCCGUAGAUAAACGAAAUGAAAGCUGUGUCACUGUCUCACUAUCUGUCUCCUGCUGUCUCACAGACACAUUGAGGACUUCCUGUCAGGUGAUGUGAUUCUACGUAGAGGAUUUUUGUUCGUUUUCUUUUUGAUAAUGAAUCGUCUGUUUUUCUGAACUGUUGUUUGAUUAUUGAACUCUGAUGUCAGCGUGACGUAGUUCAGUCUCUGCUCCACCUUUGAUCAGCUUCUGGGCCUCCAGGUUGACAUGUUACCUGUUUUAUUUCUAAUAAAGUUUGAGCUGCAGUGGU